AUGGAAACAAACGGGAACGAAGAGAAAGUGAUGAAUGGGAACGGAACAAAGCGACCAGCAGGGCUGCCUAAGAUCACGACAACCGACAAACUUCAAGAUGUCUGCGAGGACAUGAGUGCACCCACUGUGAAGGCACGGACAAUUGAUGAGCUUCAUUCUCUUCAAAAGAAAAAAUCCGCACCCGCUUCUCCCAUGAAAGGGCCGAAUGAAGCUGCUCUAUCUGUAGAAGAACGCCAGAAACAUCAGCUCCGGUCCAUCAGCGCAUCGUUGGCAUCACUGACAAGACAAAAUGGACCAAUGUUGGUGAAAGGAGACCCAGCUGAAAAGUCCGUGCCGGCAACGCCAAAGGAUCACCCUAACGAAAUUGUUGCUGCGCCAACCAUCAGCGUCAGUGACAGCUCCUUGAAGUUCACUCACGUUCUCUACAAUCUAUCUCCUGCUGGAGAAAGAAAAUAUAAUAAUUGUGCUGAAGCUGUAUAUUUAUUGACUUAUACACAUGAAUUUGGUGCAAAGCUUUAUGAGCAGGCUAUAAAGUAUGAGAAAGGGUCCUUUGUUACAUCCACCGGUGCAUUAGCUACCCUUUCGGGUGCCAAGACUGGUCGGGCUCCGAGAGAUAAGCGUGUUGUUAAGGAUGAUAUUACUGGCGAAGAUCUUUGGUGGGGAAAGGGUUCUCCUAACAUUGAAAUGGACGAGCACACCUUCAUGGUUAACAGAGAAAGAGCUGUUGAUUACUUGAAUUCUUUGGAAAAGGUAUUUGUGAAUGAUCAAUACCUGAACUGGGACCCCGAGAACAGAAUCAAAGUCCGGAUUGUUUCUGCUAGAGCCUACCAUUCGUUGUUCAUGAACAACAUGUGCAUCCGACCCAGUCCUGAAGAGCUGGAGGAAUUUGGUACUCCGGACUUCACUAUAUACAAUGCUGGUCAGUUCCCCUGUAAUCGUUAUACACACUGCAUGACAUCCUCUACUAGUAUAGAUUUGAAUCUUGCUAGAAAGGAAAUGGUCAUCCUCGGCACACAGUACGCUGGGGAAAUGAAGAAGGGUCUGUUCAGUGUAAUGCAUUAUCUUAUGCCUAAGCGUCAGAUCCUGUCCUUACAUUCUGGCUGCAAUAUGGGAAAAGAUGGAGAUGUUGCCCUCUUCUUUGGUUUGUCAGGCACUGGGAAGACAACUUUGUCUACUGAUCCAAACAGAUACCUAAUUGGAGAUGAUGAACACUGUUGGACUGAAACUGGAGUGUCAAAUAUUGAAGGGGGUGCUAUGCCAAAUGCAUUGACCUGUCAAGGGAGAAGGAGCCUGAUAUCUGGAAAGCCAUCAAUGCUGGAAAAUGUGAUAUUUGACGAGCAUACUCGGGAGGUGGAUUAUGCUGACAGAUCCGUUACAGAGAACACUCGAGCAUCCUACCCCAUUGAACACAUUUCUAAUGCAAAGAUACCUUGUGUUGGUCCACACCCUAAGAACGUCAUCCUUUUGGCAUGUGAUGCAUUCGGUGUACUCCCACCUGUGAGCAAGCUGAACCUGGCACAGACCAUGUAUCAUUUCAUCAGUGGUUAUACUCCUCUGGUGGCCGGCACAGAAGAGGGUGUGAAGGAGCCAAGGGCAACCUUCUCAGCUUGCUUUGGUGCAGCAUUUAUAAUGUUUCAUCCUACCAGAUACGCAGCUAUGCUGGCUGAGAAGAUGAAGCAGCAUGGUGCAACAGCAUGGCUCGUCAACACUGGCUGGUCAGGUGGAAGCUAUGGUUCAGGAAGCCGUAUCAAGUUAGCAUACACAAGGAAAAUCAUUGAUGCCAUACACUCUGGCAGCCUCUUGAAAGCAGAAUAUAUGAAAACUGAGGUGUUUGGGCUCGAGAUCCCCACCAAUGUUGAGGGAGUGCCUUCUGAAAUCCUAAAUCCUGUGAACACUUGGCCAGACAAGCAAGCUUACGACGACACACUGUUGAAGCUGGCUGGUCUGUUCAAGAGUAACUUCGAAACAUUUACUGAUCACAACUUCGGAGAAGACAGCAACCUCACAGAGGAGAUCCUGGCAGCUGGUCCAAAUUUCUAA